AUUCUGCCCUGGCAGCGGGUUGAGCGUAGUUUCUUUCUGCUGCGACCGUAAACCUGCGCCGAGGUUGUGCCGCUAGGAGCGCUUCCCGAGGGGCCCGGGGCGGUGCGCGCGUGCUGAUGGGGCACUGAGCGCGGCCCGUCAGAGGCAUCGGAGGCGCUUUCGCUGCUGGGUUGAAAACUUCUGUCUCUCCCUCUUUUUCCUCUCGGUUUCCUCCCCCUCCUCCUGCUGUGUGACUCCGCAGCUUGCUUCCUCUUGGGCUGCUCUCGCCCUUCCCGCUGUCCCUUCGUUUUGCUGCCCCGCCGGCGCCGAAACGGAGCGGUCGCUCCUGUGAAGGAGCAGCCCCCGAGACGAAGGCAGAGUCGUCCGUCGCCGGCGAUCCCACGCAGAGUCCGGUGCGAGCGAGAGAAGGAGAAGCGCGCAACCAGAAGCCUGUCUGCCAGGGUGAGUGGGAAGAUCAGCUCUUAGAUAAUAAACCAAGAACAGAAUGGGGAAACAGAACAGUAAAUUGAGACCGGAAGUGCUGCAGGAUCUCCGAGAGAACACCGAAUUCACAGAUCACGAGCUUCAAGAGUGGUACAAAGGCUUCCUCAAAGAUUGCCCAACUGGCCAUUUGACUGUUGAUGAAUUCAAAAAGAUCUAUGCUAAUUUCUUCCCAUACGGGGAUGCCUCAAAAUUUGCAGAACACGUGUUCCGCACUUUUGACACCAAUGGCGAUGGGACGAUAGACUUCCGGGAAUUUAUAAUUGCGCUAAGUGUUACCUCUCGAGGAAAGCUUGAGCAGAAGCUGAAAUGGGCCUUUAGCAUGUAUGAUCUUGAUGGCAAUGGUUACAUUAGCCGUGCUGAAAUGCUUGAAAUAGUGCAGGCAAUCUAUAAAAUGGUGUCUUCAGUCAUGAAAAUGCCAGAGGAUGAAUCAACUCCAGAGAAACGAACAGAUAAAAUCUUCAGACAGAUGGAUACCAAUAAUGAUGGUAAAUUAUCUCUCGAAGAGUUUAUAAAAGGUGCCAAGAGUGAUCCCUCAAUUGUCCGGUUGUUACAGUGUGAUCCAAGUAGUGCAAGUCAGUUUUAAUGAAACUCUGGACAGUUUGCAAAGAAAAUUACUGGCUUGUUCAAGCUUUGCUCGUAAAUGGAUGCCUUCAACCAUUCCUCAUUGGUUAGUGGAUGAAACUUUGUGGCUGGAUUUUCUCUGUAUCCAAGUGGAAAAAAAAAAAAAGAGCCUCACUCUUCUCAUCAGCUGCGAUACGACUUCUCUUUCCAGUAUCCUAAUUCUCUUUUUCACUCCGCAUUAUUGUUAGGACUCCCUCUACACAUAGACUGUAACCGAAGGGUAUGUUUACAUGCAAGUUAAAAGAGGGAGAAUGGUAUUCCUCUUGGUUAAUCUAAAUGGAUGACUUUGGUAACUCCAAAAAGAUACUAUAUGUAAUUUUCAUCUGCUGUGGCAGCAGCAAAAGACAGUUUAUAUCCCAGAAAAUCACUAUGGAAUGUGGAAUAAAUUAAGCAGAUUUUGUUUUUAAAAAAUGGCAUGUCUCCAGUUUCCUUCUCAAUGAGGAAAAUUGCUUGUGCUUGCAAACAGUUCUCACUGGGAAGAAAACUGGAAUCAUGCUGUUUUUAAAAAACAAAAUAGAUAUACACAUUUAAAACAUACAUAUAUAUAAGUUGUGUGUAUAUAUAUGUGUGUAUUUUAUAUAUAUAUAUAUAUAUACACACACACACACACAUUUUACUUUUUGAAGUAAAAAUUAAUAUUUAGGUCAUAUUUAAUAUAUGUAGACCUCAUCUUUCAUUUCUUUUAGUUGUCCAUGAUUAUUAUUUUUUUAAGAAAAGGAUUAUGAUAUUUAUACAUAGUCAAGUUGCCAUUAAGGCACUGCAUGAUUAGCUGUUUGUGGGUAUAUCACUGUUUUAAUUACUGGUUGCAACACUUUGUCCAUUUUUACUGUGGAUUGUUCCAGCAUUUACUGUGUUUAAUGAAGACUAAAGAGGAAUCAUUCUGCUUCCGUGUUUCACAGUGAUGGGCCACUCACAAUGGCUAUCACACUUCAACAGGCUUUUGAGUGAGGUGAGGUAAUUUGACAAGCAUUUACUAUGAUCCUCCUACCAAUUUGUGGCUGUCCAUCUCUGUUAAUAAUCUUGUGCAUUCCAGUGUUAUUUAAUAUCUGCUAAUGCCAAGAAAUGCUGAUUGAAAUAAAGGUGAAUUUUCUUGUUGA